UGAGGAGAGCGAGCCUUCCCCUCUGCUUAGCCUCUCAAGUUUUCACACACGCUUUUAGCUCAUUAAACAGUGAACAAAAAGAGCACACAAUGACCCGUGGACUUUAUUAUGGGAUGUUAAUGUAGGAGAAGGAAUUUUGGAGAGUUUAUAUCUGUUUCAUUACAAGAUCUUCCUGGAUAUAACGGGAAAUGGGAGCUGGAGCCAUUUGUCACAACAAGGCCGCGGUCCAGAUCAAGGAGGACAUGAAGUGGAUGGUGCAGAUGCCCACGAUCAGAGCCCAUCCGCAGAGGAGGAAGAUGUUCACCGUGUCCCUGCUGGAGCUUCGAGAUCUGGGACUGCUGGAGGACGAGGUGCCUGCGGUGGUGCGGCGUUUGGUGGAGCAUCUACAGAAACAAGGUCUUCGUCAGGAGGGUCUGUUCAGAGUGAACGGCAGUGUGCGGACAGUGGAGAGCCUGCGGCAGAGGUUUGAUGGUGGAGAAGCAGUGGAUCUGGAUCAGGAAGUGGACACGUUUGCAGUAGCCAGUUUACUGAAGCAGUUCUUCAGGGAUCUUCCUGAAGGCCUUAUCCAUCAGUCCAUCCACAAACCUCUCAUUCAGCUCUACCAGGAGUCCAGCGAGGCUGAUUUCUGCCAUGACCUGCGUGAGCUCCUCCGCCAACUACCAGAUCUCCACUACAGUCUCCUGCAGUACUUGUGCUACUUCCUGUCGCAGGUGGAGCAAGAACACGAACACAACCGUAUGACCGCCAGCAACCUGGCCACAGUGUUUGGACCAAACGUCUUUCACGUGUCAUCUGGUUUUGAUGGUAUACGGGAACAGAAUAUCUGUAAUAACAUUAUGGCGAAGCUGAUUCAGAACUACAGCGCCGUCUUUGAGUCUCAGCUGGAAGAAAAACAGACUGAAGAGGAGUCUUCAAACAUCAUCAUGGUCAAAGAGGCCAAAACAAACACCGAAAGCACAGAGGCGUCACUUUACACUCCGGUUCCACAGACGCAAACUCCACGUGUCAAGAAGAUGAAGGUCACACAAUGCACUCCAGUUGAAAAUACAGAUUCUUCAAGAAAACAGUUGAGUCCAGACAACCCUGCAUCAACACCAAGAAAAAAAAAGGUCACUCAAUGCACUACAGUUGACAGUGCAGACCUGUCAAGAGAAAAUGAGUCAGGUGCAGACGACCCUACACCCACACCAAGAAAAAAGAAGGUGAAGAAGAUUAAGACAGAAGCUAUGUCCAGAUCUAUUCCUCAACCGACUCCCUCUGGUGAUCCAGUCUCCAGACCUUCGCCCCAUCUUCCAGACCGAAGCUCAGGUGCUGGAGAUCAGUUUCAUCUGCACAGUCCAGACGGGAGUUUCAGCCCUAGUGCUGACAGCAUGAACGUGACCAUGAGCCCUGCUAGAUCAACAGGAACCUUCAACAGCCCACAAGAAGAUGAAAGACCAAUAUCUCCUUUCUAUAUUAGCUCUGAAAUCUCCCCUGAACACAGCAGAUCUGACUUAACCAAUUUUCUAGAGAAGACCAUUCGCUCAGCAGUGGAGCAGCACCUCUUCAUGCACGCAGGUCAGAGUUCAGAAAGCUCCAAUCCGACUCUUCAUUCUUCAUCUCCAGCGACUACAGCCCGAGAGAGGAGGAGACAUCAGCGAGAGCAGCAGGAGAGCUUCAGGGUUGAGGGUGAUAAAGAGAAUGUCCCGUCUCCGGGCGUGAGGGUCACAGAGGACGGUGACAGAAGUCUGCUGCUGCUGCCGCUGACACACGAGCUUAAAAAAAACAAGAAGCCCAAACACAGUCCCACACUGACUGAGCUCUCGGACAACCAGGACACCCCCGCUUCAAUGGAAUUUCAAGGGCCGUCUGGGGCAUACAACCGAAAUGCUACGGAAAACAUGGAGUCAUCUGAUUACAGAGGGAACCACGUAAAGGACAGAAGCUGUACUUACUUUCAGACGCCUGCCAUGAAGAUCCAGGAGGCUCUUAGUGGCGCAGAGCCGUGUGACGAUGUCCCUCGGUUGGACCUGUCUACUCUGACAGACGACAAUAAUUGGGCAGAUUCGUGUUUCUUUAGCGCCUCUUUCCUUGAUUUCAAAAACCUUUUAAAGUCAAUUGGCAAUGAUGAACCAGUGCCUGCCUACUCGUCGUGGCAAAGGGAGAGUAUGGACCGUGAUGAAGCUCGUCUUUCACCUCACGCUGGUGGCAAACUGAUCCGCCAGCUCCUGGAGGAAGACAGCGACCCAAUGGUAUCACCACGAUUUUACGGUUAUGGGGAUGGUCAUCAGUAUCUCGAUGACACAGAGGUUCCUCCAUCUCCACCCAACGCCCACUCUUUUGUCAGUAGGCGAAGAAGUUCAUCGUUGGGCUCGUGCGAAGAUGAACGGGAAGAACUCACCUCAGCCCAGCUUUCAAAGCGAAUCCAUGUACUCAAGAAAAAGAUCCGGAGAUAUGAGGAAAAGUUUGAGGAGGAACGCAAAUACAGACCUUCACAUGGCGAUAAAGCCGGCAAUCCAGAAGUUCUACGGUGGAUGAAUGAACUAACCAGGCUACGUAAAGACUUGAAAGAUCACAAGUUGCUAAAGUCAGAAGAGGAUUUGACGCCCAUCCCCCGCCAACGCAGCAACACGCUUCCCAAGAGCUUUGGAUCUCAGCUGGAGAAAAAAACCCCGGAGACCAAAGCCCCCAAACCCCCUGUGGAGAGCACAUUGGAGACGGUCACAAACAAACUGCAGGAGAAGCGGAAAGAGGCUGGCAGACCAGAAGACAUUAAGGACAUGACCCGUGAGCAAAUAGGAGCAGAAAAAGUGGCUAUUCAGAAAGCUCUUCUAUACUACGAGAGUAUCCACGGAAGACCCAUCACGAAGAACGAGAGGCAGGUCAUGAAGCCUCUAUACGACCGAUACAGACUAGUCAAACAGAUCCUCUGCAGAGCGUCUGCCAUUCCAGUCAUUGGUUCGCCUUCCAGCAAGCGCAGAAGCCCCCUGCUGCAGCCCAUUAUCGAGGGUGUACCAGCUCUGUUCUUCAGCGACACCAAGGAGGAGGAGGAUGGCUCGGAUGAUGAUGACACCCGGACGCAGUUCACAGUCACGGUUAAGCCAGAGCUGAGCAUGCUAGGACUUCUCGACCAGCUGGAUGAGGACGCAGACGGUUUCAUCUCACCUGUUGAUGAACUAUCCCCUUCCAAGAACACCACAGACAUGAGACUGUCCAACUUGCAUGCUGCUACGAUGCAGGAACUGGUAGAGGAACUCCAGGAAGCACGUGAAGAAAAGAAAAGAAUCCGCAAAAACCUUCGUGAAUUCGAGGAUCAGUUCUUCAAACAGAAUGGCAGAAACGUGCAAAAGGAAGAUCGCUCGCCCUUGGCUGGGGAAUACAACGAAUACAAGCAUAUCAAAGCCAAGCUAAGGCUGUUGGAAGUGCUUAUCAGUAAACAAGACUCCUCCAAGUUCAUCUAGUGCUCAGCUGGGAUUUGCUCUACUAGCCAACCAAGGACCAUCCAAUGCCAUCCAAAGCAAUACAGUGUGUACAAAAGACAUGUUCCGCUUUGUUAUUGCCCCAUUACAAGAACAGUCGACUUUGGAAGAAGCCAAGACAUGCCUGGUUCACCAAUAACAGAUGUACAAGUGCUGCAAAAAGAACUGUGGGUUUCAGAACACAAUCAGAUUACCUGUGUGAAUCGUCCCUGUUCAUUUUGAAGCCCAGAAGAAAGCUUUUAUGUUGUAUAAUACGACGGCUCGUGUUGAUUUUAGAUCAUUCUUUUCUAUAUUAACAAUGCUGUAAUAUAGAAGCACGUUUGUUUUGCGCAAUCAGGCAUAAGCUUUGAAGAACACCCAAGUUAUUGCAUCUUAAAUAAUUGUCUAUGUAUAUACUUAGAGAUGAAGAGAGUUUAUCAUUAUAGGAAUUUUGUUUUCUUCGCUUUCGAUUAAUUGAAGGUAACUGAUUUGUGGAAGGAAGCCUCUCUGUAUAUUACUCAUUAUUUACUGGUGCCAUAAUUCAUGCAAAUGGAUUUAUUUUGAAAAUAUGAAUACUUGCAUCGAUUGUAUUUAUCAAAUUCUUAACCCUCAUCUUAAGCUGUAAUUUUUAAGACCAUUGACUAAGCUAGAAGUCAGUAACUUUAUGAAAGACAAAAAAAAAAAAAGAGUGCAAAUGAACAACCAAAAGAAAACUGGGGGGAAAAAAUUGUGUAGAAACGCACAAACAAAGGUACUAUAAACCAGCUUUUGUCGUUUUGUUUCUUUUGUAGUAUACUUUUUGCACUAAAUAGUCUCCAGCAUAUAACUGGUCAUCACAUGCUGUUUUGACAGUGAUGUGGGUGGAUUAGAUUCCCACAAAACAUCUCUAUUGUUAGCAUGCAAUAGAAAGCAAACCUAUGGGGCCUCAUUGUGUGUUUGUGUGAACGCAGAUGCAAACCCAGUGAGCACGUCACCCCCUUCUCUUAUUCUCCAGAUUGGAAAAUGGUAGCGUGACCUUUGUUUUUACUGAACGUGUCAAGACCGAUGGAUAAAGAUGAAUACUGUGUGUACAUUUUAGUACAUGAUUGUAUUUGUAUUUUGUACAUAUGAUAUAAAAACCAAACUAUUUUUUCUGAA